CGCUAUUGUGCCGUAGAAGAAGACGCGUGUGAAAACAUGGAGAGGCAUGGGGCUAACUAACAACACAACCCCAGUCGACAGGCGAAAGCAAUGCUCGCCAACUUAACCCUAACAAUUAUAUUUAACCCUCCAUGCAACCUCCGAGCAGUUCCUCUGGGUCAUAUAGCAGACAAAACUUUUGGACGAAGUUGGCGACAUGUCGAGGUUCUUUAGCUCACGCUAACCUAAGCUAGCUGUUAACUUUUCAUGUUAGUCAUUGGACGUGUGAGGUCGCGACGGCGUUGAAAACAUGAAGCAUAGAAAACAGCUGUAGCGUGCUGGACUACAAAACUGUACGGUGCUUACCUCGCUCUGGGUGGGCUGUUGUGGUCACUUCAGUCAGCAUCUAGUCAUGCUGCUAGCAGCCCCCAGUAGGAAAACGUACCACCUGCAGAUGGCGCCACAGCAGAGAAAGGGGAGCGCUAACGCGGCUGAACUGCUGAGCCGGAGGAGCACAGGUCUUGGGAAUACUGGGACUUUAAUCAGACAUAAUUUGAAGAUCCUGAGAGGUAUUCUCCUUCAGGAAAACCGGACUUUCACGAAAGUAUGGAGCAAGACCUCAAAAUCCACAGUAAUGUACGAAAAUUGCAAACUAUACUUUGAAAACUACCAGCACUGCUACAGCUGUGUUCAUGUUGAGCCUCAGAUUUUGUACAAACUGCCAACGAGGUCCAAACAGGAGAAAAUUGAAGAUGCGUUGAUGUGUCACAGCCCAGUUGAAAAAUCCUUAUCUUCUCCAUCUGAUCAUAAACCAAGCCUCUUGGCUUUGACGGCCAAUAACUGGCUAAUUCGCCUUUCAGCUGAAACAGGAGAAGAACUGCAGAGAGUUUACCUCUCUCCAAACUAUAAGUUCAGAUAUCUUGGCUGGGAUGAACAUGAUGAACAUUUUCUUUGUUUUCAGUACCUGACAGAGAAGCUAACACUUGGAAAGCAGAGUCCUCUUCUUGGUGGCAAAACAGUCGGAGAUGCACUGUUUGGUAUCCCGUUAAAUAUUCAAAUCACAGAUUGCCCUCCUGUACUUUUCAAGGUCUCUUGUGCUGAAAACAGUGUUCAGAUUGGAGGAAACCCAUGGCACUACAUUUACACACCGCCUCGUAAAAAAGACGAGGGGACCUACCACAUCUGCUCACUCAAGGACGGCACUAUGGCAACAAACGGAGUACAAGAGAUGGACUCAUACUCUCUUGAGAACGAUGGGAUCUUCUUUCAUCCUGAUGAUUCAGGAAGAAUUAUCCAUGUGGGACCUGUCACCAUAAAUGUCCUAAAAAUCCUCAGUGAACUGAACAGUGCUCUGCCAUCUAAGGUCGUUGAGGAUUUCUCCCUGAAAACCCACCGAAACAAUCCUAUCUCCCAAGUCACUGUGACCUCAUCAGGCCGCACAGUAAAAAGAAGAUUUCAACAGCUGGAUGAUGACCCAUCUCAAAAGACUUUCCGAAUGGUGGAAUAUGAGGAUGAGCUUGACCUUUUGGCAAUCGUGGUAACCAACGGCGAGGAGGGAGAAGGAAGAGCGUGCAUCCAACUCCAUGACAACCAGACCGGACAAUUACUGCGGACGAUCGAUUUGAUUGAAACCUGGGAUGAGACAAAUAAAAACGAGGUGUUCUUCGACAAAGACACGAUUGUUCAUAUUGAACAAAAGAACGCUAAGUUCUGCUGCCAUGUUUACAAACUGUUCACGACCAAAACAUAAGCGGUGCAAAACUGAAUCAAAGCUGCUGUAAAGCUUUUCAUAAUCACUUAAGAUUUUUUUGGAAUAUGAUUUCCUUCCCUUAUGUUUUGUUUGUUUUUUUAAUAUAUGGAUCUUUGCAUCCUAAGUUCAUAUGAUUACUCUUGAUUAUCACUAUUUUUUUCUGUUAUUCUAAGUCUGUACCAUUAAACUUGAUCUCACUUUUUUCCUUUAUUCUAAAAAUAAAAUAUUUUAUUUUUCCAAGUUGCUCUGUAUUUCAGCCUUCUCUUUUUCCGUCAUGCAUAUCCAAAUUGUAAGAUAUUGAUAUUUGCUCUGAGCCAGGAUCUGUGAUAGUUAUGCGAUUGUUUGCUUGAUGUUAACAGUCAGAGCUGAUAAAAUUGCCUGAUGCCAUCCUAAUAAAGUUUGUUUCAGAAAAGUGAUUUGCCAGGUGCAGUGCACUCAUGCAGAUUAAAUGUGGUGACAGUGUCACGUUUCACAAAUGAUUGUCGCAUGCAAAUUGCGGGUCUGUUUACAUGCAUGGGUUACAGAUAUGAGGUUUUGAUUUUCCAAAAAGUCUCCAAAUUAACGUGAAAGAAAAAUCUCAUAACAGGAACAGGAGUCUUAUGUAUGCCAAGUUUCUAUAUUUUUUUAUAAACAGUUUC